AUGUUCUCAAGUGCCCUUUCCAUCUUUCUGCAGCUCUCACUUCUGUCGUGCGCCAUGGCAGAAGAGAUGGUCGUAGCGACUGGCCACGGAGAUGCCUGGCAGUAUGGUACCGGAGGAGGGAUCAUCGGCUUGCUUGUCCUGGUCUUUGAUAUCUUUGCGAUCCUCGAGAUUGUCAAGUCGAGCCGACCUCCGUUGCACAAGGUCCUCUGGUCACUUUUCGUCUUCUUCUUCCCAAUCGUCGGCUUGGUUGCCUACUACCUGUUCUCGAACCGCCCCUCGGGCUCUGGUAGCGGAGAGUACGAGGCCAUUGUCUGA